AUGCGUUCAUGGAAGAAGCUUGAAAGCCUGACCAAGUAUUAUGACGUGUAUUCUCUUGCGUAUUUAGUUAACGAAACUCUACAUUGGGUAUUGGAAGCCGAAGAACACGAUGAGCAACGCUUCCCUUCAAAAAUAGUGUCAUUUGAUUUAGCCGAGGAGAAAUUUCAUGAGAUUGCAUUUCCCUAUCCUCCAGGAGUAGACAGGCGUGAAUUGCUGGCCGACGUUGGAAUUCUCGGUAACUGUUUAACCCUAUACUUUCAAACCAUGUGUGGCCGAGCUGGGUGCGAGUUUAAGAUGUGUGUAAUGAAGGAAUAUGGAGUCAAGGAUUGCUGGACUCAAAUCAUAGAUCUACCUUCAGGGAUUCUAGGUGAAGAGUAUACAUGCAUAACAUGCAUUUCUGUGAAUGGUGAACUUUUGAUGCGUAUAGGGAAUGGAGGCCCCUUGGGAAUAUAUAAUCCCAUGGAAAAAACAUUUAGGAAUCUGUUUGAUGAUUUUGAUGUACCAGGUACUUACAUAGAGAGCUUAGUUUCACCAUUAAUUGGCAGUACUAAUGGUGCAAGCUUGUGA